UCGGCUUCACUGUACGGUGUAUAUAGAAUUUCACCAACUUGUGAUAACCUCUGUAAUACACCGGCGAAAGAUAGACAGGCAAAUCGCCAGCAGUGUGCGUGUGUCAUGAGCCCCCACUGCCAGCUCUCUCACUCUCGCGCUCGCCACCUUGUUCACGUUUGCAUUAAUUGUUCCAUUUUUUCGAAAAAUUUUGUGAAAUGCAUAGACAGUUGGCUUGGUAAGAGCACUGGGUGCGGUUUGCUUUUGAUAUUGUAGUCAUUGCGAAAAGUAACGGUAUGCUCUCUAUACGUUUUAAGAGAAAAGCUGUGAAGACUUUGUUUGACUACUGCACGUGCCAUAUUAUAAUGUCUAAAAGCUCAACAUCCUGCUUACUGCUACAAAUCUUAAUAAUGUGCUGUCUAUAUGGAGGAAACACAGCGGCUGAUGACAAUAAUGCCUUCACACUAGUUUUUGGCAGCGAGUCAACACUACAAAGCGUGGAGAGAGAAGUCAGCGAUGCAAAAGGAACAUUGACAGAUGUCGUCAACAGUUCAAGCCAAAUACUCGAGGAUUAUGAUGCUUUGGUCGAAGAUAUUGAAAAACUAGAAACUGCGCUGGGCAAGCAAAAUGACAUUGUGUCGAAGAAACUGGGAACAUUUAUUGAGGAAAAUAUUGCAAUACAGAGCACGGAGCUGCUGCAAGAGCUGACGGCUGAUCAAAAAUGGCUGCAAGAGAUGAUAAGCGCGCAGCAGAGAUCGUUGAUUGCAGAGUUGCAAACGAGCGAAGGUAAAUUGCUUGCUGAAAUCAAACAAAAUACAACACCCAACGAAGUGUGGACUCAUUAAUGGUUAUAAUUUUUGGCAGCUAAGCUGCAAAUGAACACUGCGAAACGGUUAAAAUUUCCUUUUAGUCUAUUAGUCAAGUAAUAAAAUAAGAACGUGAAGUAUAUUAUUUAGAAAUAAAUGUGCUUUCGAGCAUUCUUUAG